AUGUCUCUGACGCAGGACGCCAGCACCGGCGACACCGUCAUUGUCGUCAGUUGCUACGUCGAAGGUCUCAAGGUGGGCGACUUCAUCGCCCUGAACGGGGCCAAUUACGAGGUGGUCGGUCUCGCAGUCCCCUCCGGCAGGCGCCGCCUCACCGCGGCACUGCCAAUCACGCUGGCUACAGCGCUGACCGGUGCCGUAUCUUCUGGCGAUUUGGAGUGCGUGUGCGAGUUCCUCGCCUAG